AAACAAUAUGCUUAUAAUAUUAUUUAAUAAAACUUGAGAUAACAAAGAUAUUAACGCAAUAUACUUUAAGUUGGAUCUGUGCUUGACUUAUGAUCAAUCACUGGAGUUGGCCUAGGACUACAAAAACAUGGAUAGAAGAGAAAACGUUUGUUUAUUUGUAUUAGGAAUAUUCGCUCUGUAUACUCCACAAGUUACAGGUGCAAAGUGCCAGAAAAGGUGCACAGCGCAGAGCGAUUGUGAGGUUGGGUUCAGAUGCACCGAAGAGCUCUGCUGCUUACUUCCGAAACUCUGCCAGGUGGGAGACCCUCUGCUUGGAGAUGACGCAGGAUUAGUAAGAUGUGACGGAGCCCCUAGAAAGUGCCCCCGUGGCUAUACAUGUACUAAUGUAACUGAGAACGCCGCAGCCUGUUGUAAAGCAACAUGUAAACUUGGAAAAGAAGUAUUUCAAGUUGGUAAUUCAAAACAAACAAAAUGUUUGACGUGUGAAUGUACGAGUAAAGGUCUAAAAUGCUCAGCUAGGCGGCGAGAUGAAUGCAAAAACGGCUGCGUUGAUGGAAGUAAAUUCCGCAGAGAGGGAUCUAAGUGGACGCAAAAUGACACAAAGAGUUGCCGUUGCAAUAACAAAGGCAAUAUAAUUUGCUCAGUUAUUGUGGGUAAGUGGUCCGAAUGGAGUAAGUGGACAAAUAAAUGUCCCGCGCAAGGAGGGGGUAAAAAUAUUCGUUAUAGAAUAUGUGAAGACCAAGAUGGCGACAAAGUAGACACUAUGCAUUGUGAUGCUGGCAAGGAUAUCGACGUAAGACCAUGCAGCUCAGCUCUUGGAGGAAGACGAAGGGGUACUGUAAAUAAGAAUACUAAGAGCAGUUUAAUAGCCGAGUAUGCCUGGGUUGUCUCCCUGUCCAAGAACGUGUCGUAUAGUGGGGAGAAGUUGGGCCACUUCUGUGGGGGGACUAUUCUCACGGCUCAUUGGAUAAUUACUGCUGCUCACUGCCCCUGUGGAAUUGGAAGUCCGUGUUGUGAUGAAAAUAGCGAAGGCGUUCUCACCUUCAAUGAAGAAAAAUGUGAUACAAGCACUUGGGAAGUAACAGCCGGAGAAAUUCAGCUCAAUCGUCCUAAUCCUGAACAAGUCAGGGGAGUCAUGAAAAUUGUAAUUCACCACGACUAUGUAACCAACCUAGGCAAUGAUACAGCGUUAAUACGACUGGACACCCCGUUUGACUUCUCCGAAUUCAAGGUGCAACCAUCUUGGAUUCCUUCCAGUAUAUGUACGGGCUUUAUGAGUGAGCAGUGUGUCGAGCAUCUACAACUGGCCGAGCACCAAGAUUGUGAGGUGAUCGGUUGGGGAAGCUUUACGAAGAUGCGUAGUCUGAAAGCGUUCAUCAGCGAUUGGGACAAUGAGACAUACACUGCAGAUACUGAGGGAAUCAAAGGAAGUCAGCCCUGCUCGGGCGACAGCGGGGGACCCCUGAUGUGUACGCCUCAGAACGAGAAGAUCAAAGUCUUGAUAGGCAUAAUGAGCAGGUUAACUAUGAACACAGAAUGUGGUGGUAACAACCAGGGCUUUACUAUUCACACAGCUGUUCCUUACUACCUGCCAUGGAUAAGAGACGAACUAACAGGCAGAGGUGGGGAGGGCUGGGAUGAUACAUUCUCCAAAGAGCCUUGGACUGCCUCACUGUGGAAAUCUAAGAGUUAUUAUGGCGAGCCCAUUGGUUACUUUUGUGGAGGAGUCAUCAUAACUGAAACAUAUUUGCUGACGUCAUCAUCCUGUCUGUGCCUCCUAAAUAAUUACUGUUGCGAUGAAGCAAACCAGUUUUUACAUGAUAAAUGUGACCUGGACGACUGGUGGGUGCAAAUAGGCCAAUGUAAACUUGAAGACCUUACGAAUCCCUUCCUCACCAGGCGGAUCAGAUCCCCAGUAAUCCAUGAGUUCUACACUAAUCCGGAGACAGGAGAACCCUUGAACGACAUAGCAUUGGUUGAGCUAGAGGACCCGCUAGAUUUCGACGAUCCUAGUGUGGAGCCUGUUGUGCUACCUGCCAGUGAGUGUUCCAAUGAAGCUGGGAAGAAGUGUAAGGAAGAGCUAAACGAAGAAACGGUCUCUAAUUGUCAUUUUGCUGGAUGUGGAGGGAGUUCCCAAGGUAGUGGCUCAUCAGAUAAAUUGAAGAUCACUAAUGCUACUAUUCUCUUCGCUGAUAAUGCUACAAUUGUAGCCCAGGGGACAACAGGGAGUUCUCUGUGUCAGGAAGAUGCCGGAAGUCCAUUGAUCUGCAACAUUGAAAAUCAAACAGUUGCUUUUGGAGUCGUAAGUCAACCGUCUGAGAGAGAGGAUUGUUCUGCAAAUGGCAAAACUGCCAUUACUCCAAUCGCACCACACCUUGAAUGGAUAAGCAGGAAGAUAGCGGAUGAUACCUGGUUUCCAUGGGGCGCAUGUUCAGUGACGUGUGAACAAUGUCCCGAUGGUAAAUGUCCUGUUGGAACUCGCAAGAGGUCCAGGCCAUGUCCUUACCCAAGACACGGCAAGUAUAGGGCCAAAGGCAAAGAUUUGUAUCAGAGGUUUGACAUCAACUGCUUGAUUCACGAGGAAGGCAAAUGUCAACCUAAAUGUAGAGAUAAAUGUCCAACAAUUCAAUCCUCUUCCAAGUUACGUGUACUUGGUGGUCCUCCUUUCAAAGAGGGACAAGAGGCGAGGUUUCAGUGUGACCCUGGGUAUGCUCUAGAUGGCCCAAAGUCCAUUAGGUGCAAGGCUGGUGGCGAGUGGAAUGCUGGACUCCCCAGAUGUAGGAAACUAGAGGUAACCUGCAAGAAGUUCGAUGUAAAUCGAGGUGACCACAUCACUGUCAAAGGAAAGGCCCCAUAUAAACCUGGUCAGAAAGUAAGGUUUAGAUGUGACGAUGGCUUCAAACUACAAGGGAAGCGUGCACUGCAAUGCAAAAAUGAUGGCUCUUGGAAUGGAAAAAUUCCAAUAUGCAACAAGAAAGUUGUUGCAGAUGAAAAAACUUGUUCUGAAAUAAAAGUAGGCGAUCAAAUGAAAUUCAACGGACAAGCACCAUACACACCUGGUGAUAAAGUGACGUUCACUUGUGCUGAUGACUAUGACCUACAAGGUGUAGGAAGUCUAGUUUGUGGGAAGAACGGACAGUGGAACAAGGCCCCUCCCAAGUGUAUCAAACGCACUUGUGAAAUCAACAUCCGUGACCGUGACAGUGCGCAUAUGACGGUAAGGGGAAAAGCUCCAUUCACAAUUGGGGAAACGAUCACGUUUACUUGUGACGCUGGCUACAAGCUAGAGGGCGCUGCUUCUCUACUGUGUAAAGGGAGUGGGCAGUGGGACAAGGAGACCCCUAAGUGUAUCAAACAGACGUGUCCUGACAUCGAUGUGACUGGAUCGCCGGCAUUGAGAGUAAGAGGAAGGUCGCCAUUCACACCUGGCGAGAACGUAACAUUCAGUUGUGGUGACACCUAUGAAUUGGAAGGCCCUGAUACUAUCCAAUGUAAACUGAGUGGAGAGUGGUCUAAAGAUCCCCCAAAAUGUGUAGAACUUGCAAUAUGUCCUGAUAUAACCAUUGAUAAGCCAGACGAGAGACUCAAGAUACUGGGAAAACCGCCAUUCAGGGUGCAUGACAAAGUCCGAGUCGGUUGCAUCCCAACUCAAAUAAUGAGAUCACGUAAAUUUGAUGUAAUUGGGUCAUCAAUCUUAGCAUGCAAGCCUGGUGGCGUUUGGAAUGAUACUCUUCCCAGUUGUGUAUUUAAAGGUAAACCAGCAUCUGGUUGUAGAAGAGAUAGAAACUUCCUUCCUGUUAUCGAUCAUAUUGAUGCAAGUAGUUCCCCUCCAAUUUGCGCUGAUCUGAUGGUAGUACUCGACAUAUCAUGUUCCCUUCGAGGAUGCACCAAAGAACGCUUGAAGGACGCGGCGGCUGACGUAGCAAGAGCAUUGUUGGAAUCGUCUAGAGAUACAACUCGAAUAGGUGUGAUAGCCUACAGCAAUGAAAUUCUCGAGGUGAUACCUCUUGAAAACAAUCACUCUGAAAAGAAGAUCCUGAACAUAAUUGAUAGACUGAACACCACAAGUCCAAAAUGUAAGACACUCACUCACGCUGCUUUCCAAGAUAUCAGGAAGCAAUUUGCCAGCGUGGCGUCACCUAUCGGUACAAAACAAGUAGUGCACCUCUACACAGAUGGGCUGACUUUUAUGCCAAAAUAUAAACAAGAGUCAUUAGAUGAGGCAAAGAAGUUAAAACAAGAAGGUGUAAAAAUGAAUGUUAUUGCUGUACCAAAUAUACACGGGAAGAAUGGCACAACAGAGUUCGAACAAAUUCCAUCCAGCCAAAAACAUCUAUUUAAUAUAACAUUUAGCGAUGUGACCCAGAAAUUGUAUACUCGCCUCCUCAAAGAUGCAGCUUGUUCCUAGGUGGGUGUGGAUGCCUUUGCAUAUGCCAGCAGCCAAUCCAGCCUCAAUGUUCCGAUAUGACACUUAGUCUCAAGACUAGCUGAAACAUGGUCUAUAAUUUGAAUGGAUGUAAUAAUAAAAUAUGUUUAUAAAACAAUCAACUCUAUCUCAGUCAGAAUUUCUGGAUCCAAAAAUGGAACUAGAUCAAGGUCAUGCCAAGAGUGUUAGUCACUUAAUUUAUUGUAAAAGUAUUGGUAUAUCCCUUCCAACCCUAUUGAAGGUUGCUAAAAACCUAUUAACUAUACUUGGUAAAUGUGUAAGUGGUGA